CCUCUCAAUCUGUCAUUGGAAUCCUCCUGGGUUUAAGAUUUGGUUUUUCUUCUCUUUUCUAGAUAAUUUAUAGAACCACAGAGAUUCAAACAUGGGAAACGCUUUCGUUGCCUACCGUGGUCAUGUUGUCACCGCUGUUGUUUCUGCUGUUGCUUCUGCUGUUCUUGUAUUUUGCAUUGUAUCAUUGGUAAAUAAGCCGACCUUAAACCCAGACGACUGUAAGAUGCUAUUGGCAAGGAGACGCCCAUGCUUGACUGACUGGAUUGGGCACCAGAUGAAAUGUUUCUACUUCUCAGAUAAAGAAGAAACCUGGUCUGCUAGUCGAGACUUUUGCUCUUUCUACAAUGCCUCGCUGGCCAUUAUUGAAAAGGAAGAAAUGGAUUUUGUGCAGCGUUACAAAGGCACCACUUCCCACUGGAUUGGCCUCCAACGAGACCCGAAUCAACCCUGGAAAUGGGUCAACGGAAAUGUUUCAAUGUGGGAGGUCCUCGGUGAUGGAGGAAACUGUGCCUUCCUGAAUGACGAAGGAAAAGCAAGCUGUUCCAGGUGCCAGACCCUCCAUCACUGGAUAUGCAGCAAAUCUGAUGAAUUCACAAGUCCAAAUGUAGUUUGA